GUGGGAGAAGUCUUUUUCCAAAUUUCCCUUUCAGUGAAACUUUUGUUGCGAAGAUUUUUCCGAGAUAAAUACCCACAUCCACUAGAAAAAAACAAUUGUGGUCUCAUUCAUCCAAAGUUGUCACUUCUCCUCAUUAGAAGCUCAUCAAUUUGUCAUCUUUGUAUUAUUUUCCCUUUGAAACAUCCAUCUGGUUUUUGUUGCCUUGUUCUGUCUGGCAAAUGGAGAAAUUUUAUGGAUGAACAACGCGCAAACACGAUAAGCGCGCCCAACGCCACGUUGGCCGUGUCCUUUCUUCUUACUCCUGUUUUAGUCGAUUUCUAGUCAUUUUGCGCCACUCUGCGCGAUGAUCAUCGAUCGCUGCUGGAGCGCCAAGCUGACGCGUUUUCGAAACGCGGUGAACAUUUCCAGAAGCGCUCUGGUUUUAUCAUUCCGUUAUCAGGGUCUUCUGCAUGGCAUGUAUCAAUUACAUCCGGCGACACGUCUGGGUCAAUCCCGAGAAGUUAUCUGUCCGCGGGUGACGCGACGACGGUCUGCCACGAUCAGUCGCGGUUCGACAGCCAACCAUCGCGGCCAGGAGCAAUGGAUAACUUUGACGUUACGACGGAGGACUUCCUGGCGAAUGGAUUUUACCAGUUCUACACCGAGUUCAACGAGGAUUCGUUCGACGUGUUUCAACCGGAAGAUCAUCGCCUGUUCGCGGAGUCGUUGGCGAUUGAACCUUCUUCGGAGGUCGUUGACCCCGCGAGUAGUGACCACCCAGCCAAGGACGUCGAUCUGGAGGUCAACGUCGAAAACUUCAUCCUUGAGUACAGCUGCGUCGAGUUCAGCCAAAUCUGGGAAAGCGACUUCAAGCUACCGGAGCGCACCUUCCUGUGCGAUGAGUCGUGCGCUCGAUUUUGCAACCCUCAACCGGUGGAACCCGCUGAGCUCAUCAAACCGGAACCCCCCACCGAAGAGCAACCCCAAAGCUUCGUCUGCCCGUUCGACACGUGCCGCAAGGUGUACGCCAAGCCGGUCCACCUGAAGGCGCACCUGCGGCGCCACAUCGGAGACAAACCGUACCACUGCAAGUGGCCCAGCUGCAAGUGGCGAUUCUCGCGGUCCGACGAGCUGGCCCGCCACUUCCGGUCCCACUCGGGGGUGCGCCCGUACGGGUGUGAUUUUUGUCCGAAGAGUUUCUCCCGGUCGGACCACCUGGCCAAGCACAGGAAGGUGCACGAGCGCAAGUUUGCGGCCGGCAAGUGCAAAGGCGUGUGGGUCAACCUGCCCCGGGGACGGCCCGGACGGAAGCCGAAGAAUGCAGGCGGUGGGGGGAAGGGGUGACACGGGAGGCUCUGUAGGGUUAGUAAAAGUUUCGUGCAAUAAAA